UUCUCUUCUCUGUAUGUCACUAUCUUAUUUUUCCCUCAUUCAGUUUAAGUUUAAUUACACAGAGAAAAGAGAUUAGUACUAUUAAUCAACCUUUCAACUAUUUCCAACAACGUCGACGCGCCAAUUUUAACCUCUUUCUUUAUUCUUAAUCAUUCUUUAAUUCAUUAUUAACCAACCUUCUUUAUUCUUCUUCUCCUUGAAACAUUCUUCAUUCUUUCAAAUUCCAAACUUAACUGUUAUUACCGUUAGUUCGUUUGUUACAAUCAAAAGCUUCACCAAAUGCAUCGGUUCCCGUCGCCGGCGGUUUGAUGGAACCACUGCCGUUUAUUUAUCUCUCAGUCUUCGCCAUUCCAAUGGACUUUGUUCUUCGUUUCAACCUUCCAAUCGUCAUCGUCGUUUUCCAGAUUGUAUUGAUAUUGGCAUGGUUGGAAGCAAACGAUGCGAAGGCGCAAGAACGAAGAUUUCAAUCGGGAGGAUUGGAUGGGAGGGUUGAGAAAGUUGCCUCACACUCUUGCAUCCAUGAUCAGAUACUUGAACAGAGAAAGCGACCUGGUCGACAGGUGUAUUCGGUCACCCCACAAGUUUAUGAGCCUGGUAGAUCGAAGCCGCUUCAGCAUAAAGGUAGGGCGUUACUUGGUGUUUCAACAUCAUCAAAGCCCUCAAAGGAUGAAAAGAAACCUAUUAGGAUAUAUCUAAGUUAUGAUGCUGUUGGUCUCUCCCCUGACAGGGAUUGUCAAAAUGUUGGUGACAUGGUUAAGCUUGGGGACCCUCCGAUUACUUCUCUUCCUGGUUUGCCUUCUUGUAAUCCUCUUGCUAAUCCUCCAACCCUUGGUGAUUGUUGGUAUAACUGCACUUCUGAAGAUAUACCAGGAGAGGAUAAAAAGCAUCGCCUUCGUAAGGCAUUAGGUCAGACAGCUGACUGGUUUAGGAGAGCAUUGGCUGUUGAGCCUGUCAAUGGGAACUUGCGAUUGAGUGGAUAUUCUGCAUGUGGACAAGAUGGUGGUGUGCAGCUUCCUCGUGAAUAUGUUGAAGAGGGAGUCUCUGAUGCCGACUUAGUUCUUUUGGUUACUACAAGACCUGCUGCAAUUUGGACCACACUUGCUUGGGCAGUGGCAUGUGAACGAGAUCAAUGGGGUCGUGCUAUAGCUGGACAUGUUAAUGUCGCUCCUCGUCACUUGACAGCUGAAGAAGAGGCGUCGCUUUCAGCUACUCUGAAACACGAGGUUAUCCAUGUUCUUGGUUUUGAUCCUCAUGCCUUUACUCAUUUCAGAGAUGAAAGGAAAAGACUUCGUAAUAAGGUUACUGAACAAGUUAUGGAUGAAAAGAUUGGGCGAGCAGUAACACGUGUGGUGCUACCACGUGUUGUCAUGCAUUCACGGCAUCAUUAUGCGGCGUUCUCAGGAAAUUUUACUGGUUUAGAGCUGGAAGAUGGCGGCGAGAGUGGCACAUCAGGCUCUCAUUGGGAAAAAAGGCUUCUGAUGAAUGAGAUCAUGACUGGUUCAGUGGAUACAAGAUCCGUAGUUUCAAAAAUGACACUAGCUCUCUUAGAGGAUAGCGGAUGGUACAAAGCCAAUUAUAGCAUGGCAGACCGUCUUGAUUGGGGACGCAACCAGGGUACUGAGUUUGUUACCUCCCCUUGCAAUCUCUGGAAGGGAGCCUAUCAUUGCAACACGAAAGAGUUUUCAGGCUGUACGUACAACAGAGAGGCACAGGGUUACUGUCCCAUUCAAACCUAUAGCAGAGACCUUCCUCGGUGGGCUCAAUAUUUUCCACAAGCUAAUAAAGGAGGACCAUCUUUAUUCGCUGAUUAUUGCACUUAUUUAGUUGCAUACACUGAUGGUAUAUGUACAGACACUAACAGUGCACCUGAUACAAUGCUAGGUGAAGUCCGAGGAAGCAACUCUAGGUGUAUGGCCUCAUCAUUAGUGCGCACAGGAUUUGUACAAGGUUUUACGACCCAAGGAAAUGGUUGUUAUCAGCACAGGUGUAUCAACAACACUUUAGAGGUUGCCGUGGAUGGUAUGUGGAGCAUGUGUCCUCAAGCUGGUGGAUCCAUUCAGUUCCCGGGAUUUCAUGGUGAAUUAAUCUGCCCUGCAUAUCAUGAGCUCUGUAACACAGGCAUGGUAGUUGACUCGGAGAGAUGUCCCAGAGCAUGUAACUUCAAUGGAGAUUGUGUUGAUGGAAGGUGCCACUGCUUUCUGGGAUUUCAUGGUCACGAUUGCAGUAGACGUUCCUGCCCCAGCAAUUGCACUGGCAAUGGCUUAUGUCUCAACAAUGGAAUAUGUGAAUGUAAAACUGGUUACACUGGCAUUGACUGCUCCACUGCUGUUUGUGAUGAGCAAUGCGGCCUUCAUGGUGGGGUUUGUGAUAAUGGAAUUUGCAAAUUCCGCUGUUCUGACUAUGGGAAAUACACUUGCCAGAACAGCUCCACUCUCCUCUCGACUCUUUCGGUUUGCAAAAAUGUGCUAGGGAAUGAUAUUUCUGGGCAGCAUUGUGCACCCAGAGAACAUAGCAUGCUGCUUAAGCUAGAAGAAGUGGUUGUCAUGCCCAACUACCACCGAUUGUUCCCUGGUGGUGCUAGGAAAUUCUUCAAUAUAUUUGGCAACACCUUAUGUGAAGAGGCAGCUAAACGGCUUUCUUGCUGGAUCUCAAUCCAGAAGUGUGACGGAGACAACAGAUUACGAGUAUGUCAUUCUGCAUGUCAGUCUUAUAAUCUAGCGUGUGGAGCUUCACUGGACUGCAGUGACCAAACCAUUUUCAGCAGCAAGGGCGAGGGUCGGUGUACCGGUUUUGGUGAGAAGCAAUCAUCAUGGUUUAAUCGAUUUAGAAGCAGUUUUUCUUUGAGAAAUAAUUACUCAAAUGAAAUAUUAGUUAGAAGCAGGCAGCUUUAACUUCAAUUAUAUUUUCUCUUUUUGGGGUAGGAGGGGUUGGGUUGUAAUUUUCAGAAUGUUAUUAUAGGGAAAAAUAGUGGCAUACAUCAAUCAUAGAUUUAGAGAUUGCUUGCUCAUCCAAAAUUGGUAGCAAAAAAGUGGGAUGAGGAGGCUACAUUUUUCCCUUUCAAAGAGAGCCUUUUGUAUAGAAAAGUAGGAGUAUUUGGAAGUGGUUGGUAGAUGAGGUGAAGGAAGAAGAAAUGAAAGAAUGGAGGAAGAUGAUAUGUUAGAGCUUUGGCCGAAGGCCAUCAUAGAGGAAAGAAAUAUUUCUAUGCUUCAUUCCUUUUUUUUGGGUUCUAUCUAUACUGUAUAUUGACGUCUUUUUUUAUUUUCCUUUCUUUGUUGGGAUUUUGUUUAUGUUUUGAUCUGGUGAUUUCCUUACUAUUAUGAUGGAACUGUUGGUUCAAAGUUCCAACUUACCAACGUACCAA